AUGUCGAGCCCAGCCACUCGCCUUAUACCAACAUCUUCACGCACUCUUCUCCUCACCCUCGACGCAUUCGGCACCCUCUUCCACCCGCGUCUCCCCGUCCCCGAGCAAUAUGCCGCGACCGCGCACCAAUUCGGAUUAUCGCGCACUACCGUCACCCCGGACAAACUCAAAAACGCAUUCCGGGAUACCUUUCGUGCGCAGAUGCAACAGUACCCAAAUUAUGGUCGCGCGGAUGUUCUCCGAGGCCAAUACGGGGGGCCGAGGCAGUGGUGGGAAGAGGUGAUCAGGGGGAGUUUCGGGCGUGUUUUGUCAGCAGAAAGUGGGGAGACGCGUCCCGGACACCCCAAAGAGCAUGUCCCUGAUGCCAUGGUGGAAGCCCUACUAGAUCGAUUUGCUAGUUCCGAAGGGUACGCACUCUAUGACGAUGUGCUGCCCUUCUUCCGCCGAAUGCGCAAACUGAAGACCGCACAUAAGUGGUCGUUUGAUAGGAUUGUUGUGGGGGUGGUAUCCAAUUCGGAUGACCGCGUCCCCGGUGUGCUGAAGUCGUUGGGGUUGACAGUUGGUGAUAUGCGCGCUGACCAGGAUCAAUCGAGUAUGGAUCUUCCCGGGUUUGAGGGACGAAGUAUCAAAAAAGAUGUUGUCGGAGAAGACGACAAAGCUCAGUCAGACCGCAAUUUGGACCUUGAUAUUGAUAUGGUCAUUACGAGUUAUGAGGCCGGUCAGGAGAAACCUCAUCGUUUGGUCUUUGACGUGGCGAGACGGCAGGCUCUCAAGGUUGCCCGCCCAUGGUUGACCAGCAGAACCAAAUUUAGCUCUGUGCAUGUGGGGGAUGAUUAUGAAAAGGACUAUCAGGCUGCAAGAAAAGCAGGCUGGGAGAGUUAUUUCCUUCCUCGAGAUACUCUUGGUACCGAUGACUUUGAAGCGAAGCAACUCCCGGAUCUCCUGAAGUUGGCAGAGAAAUUGGAGCUUUUCCCGUAA